UACUGGGGUACUGCUGACAGAGAUGUCUUAAGGGUUGAAGAAGUUUGUGACAAAUUGGAUAGGAGUGACAAAAACACUUUGGAACAGAAUUACACAAAAACAUUAGUGACUGCAAUCGAGAACAGUGACAUAGUCUUGGAGCUUGAGGUACUAAAUGGACUGGGAGACUUCUACAUGGAGGCAGCUGCCAUGUACAACAAGGCCCUUACAAGAUGUGGGGAUCCUGAGACAAGACUGGCUGUGGAACAUCGCAUCAGAUACACGGAGAAGACCAGGGAAGCAGUCCAAAUGCAAACAUCAUGGUUAGCAGAGAAGCACUUUGCAGCCGCUCUCAAGGAAGUUCAUACUGAAGAUGCCACAGCCCAGCAGUACCAGAGAGAGGUGGAGCCCCUGUGCAAGUUGGGGGAUGUCUACAGUAAGCGAGGACAGCAGACAGGAGACGGGGGAGACUUUGUUAAAGCAGCAGCGCUCUACAAUGCAGCAAUAGCCAGGUCAGAGGAUCAAGUCCUCAUAGAUAACAUAGUAACAGCUGUUAGAGAAGUAGAGAAGGCAUUUCUCAAAUGUAUCUUAGACAUUAAUUCUGAUGUAAGCCAAGAUGACACAGAAAGACACAAGAAACAGCUGAAGGAGAUGCGGGACCAGAUCAAGCUGGAGAUGGAAACCAUUGACCAGCAACUGGAUCCCUAUGUACAUGAUGAGGAUGACCCAUGUGUCAAAGAAAUAGAGGCAAAACGAGCUCAAGCUGUCAUGCAGUUGUUUGAGGACAUUGCACAACAAAGGAAGGAGUUCAUCAGCCUGCUUGUAGAAGAGUGUCUUGGGUUAAUGGGUCCCCCUCCCUGUAAGUAUGCCCUGAUAGGUUUGGGUUCACAGGCCACAGGACUGGUAACUCCAUACUCAGACCUGGAGUUUGCCAUCCUGGUAGAAGAAGAAAACGAAGAAUGUCUUGUGUAUUUCCGUAAACUCACCCACUAUCUACACCUCAAGGUGGUCAACCUGGGAGAAACUAUCCUUCCAGCACUGGGGAUAAAAUCUCUCAAUGACUUCUACUCUAAAAAUCCACUUGACAACUGGUACUAUGACUCUGUCACACCACGUGGGUUUGCAUUUGACGGCUCCAUGCCAAAGGCAAGUAAGACUCCACUAGGCAGACAAGGAACUAAGACAGAACCAGCCAGUGAACUCAUCUGCACGCCAGAAAACAUGGUUUCUAAACUACAACAGGAUGCCACAUUAUACCUGAAGGAAGGAUAUCACCUUGCCACUAUCUUAAGAAACCCAUGCCUGAUAGCAGGGGACCAGAAUUUGACUGACACGUACAUGGUCAACACAAUGGAGAUACUGCAAGCUGAUGGGAGUAAACUGGCUCUGCAACUGGCAAAGGAGACGAUGAAAGGAGAUAUGGAAAAGAUCAGCAGUACAAAUAAGGAAACAAUAACUGCAAAGCUGAUUGAUGUAAAGAAAGAACUCUACCGCUUCCCAGCUUUAGCGGUGGACUUCUUGGCACUGUCUUCCGGCAUCAUACCGACCACAGUUGGGGAGACAAUAGGAAAAAUGGAAAACCAACAAGUGAUCAGUCCCAACAACGCACACCACCUGACAGUGCUUACCAGCAUCUCAGCAGAACUCAGACUUAGAACCUACAUUGCAAACGGUGGACAGAAGGAAAACCUGUCAGCUAUGGUCUCAAUGGAAACAUCACUGCAUGGGCAGGGAUCAUCCCUACAGACCAAUGAUGAAGUACAAUCAAGUUCAUUAACACUAGUUUUCCACCUACCAAAUGAGCAACAGCUUUUCAGGUACUAUUAUACAGUGGUUCCUUUGAAACGUGUUCUCCAGGAAUGGGCUGAAAAUCAGUCAAUUCUUAAUCUACUGUCUGAUUUAUACGAUAAUUCCCCAAGCGUGCGAGGAACGAUGCACUUGGAGUUAUGCAAAUAUGAAGAGGCCCUGAGCUGCUAUCAAAAGGCCCUGGAGAAAGCAGAGGGAACGGGAAUAGAAAAAAGGAAGCUGCUACACAAUACUGCACUUGCUUACCAAGGGAUGGGUGAUUAUAGAAACGGAAUUAGCUACCAUGAACAGGUACUACAGAUGGAAAGGAGUGCCCGAGGUAAGAGUGCAGUACAUCCUAACAUUGCCUCCUCACUUGGCCACAUGGGUUCAGCCUGUAGUAACCUGGGUGAUUACAAAAAAGCUAUCAGCUACUAUGAACAGGCACUGCAGAUGGACAGGAGUAUCUGUGGUCAGAUUACUGAACAUCCAAGCAUUGCUGCCUCACUCAACAACAUGGGGACGGCCUGGGGUAACCUGGGCGAUUACAGAAAUGCGAUCAACUACCAUGAACAGGCACUGCAGAUGCUCAUGAGUAUUUACGGUCCGAAUACAGCACAUCUGCACAUUGCAAGCUCACUCGGCAACCUGGGGGGAAGCUGGAGCCAUCUGGGUUAUUACAGAGAAGCAGUUAGCUACCAGGAACAGGGCCUGCAGAUGAAGAGGAGUAUCUAUGGACAGAACACAGCACAUCCUGACAUAGCCACCGAACUCAACAGCCUGGGGGAAAGCUGGACCCACCUGGGUGAUUACAGGAAAGCUAUGAACUACUAUGAACAGGCAUUGCAGAUGUACAGGAGAGUUUAUGGUCAGACUAAAACACAUCCUGAAACUGCCACAGCACUCAACAGCCUGGGGAGUGUCUGGCUCCAUCUGGGUGGUUACAAGAAAGCAAUCAGCUACUGUGAACAGGCACUACAGAUGUUCAAGGGUAUCUAUGGUCAGAAUACCCCACAUCCAGACACUGUCACCUCACUCAACAGCCUGGCGGGAGCCUGGCAACACCUGGGUGAUUACAGCAAAGCACUCGAAUACUAUGAACAAGCACUGCCGAUGUGCAGGAGUAUCUAUGGUCAGAGUACAGCACAUCCUAAAACAGCCACCUCACUCAACAACCUAGGGGGAGUCUGGCAACGUCUUGGCGAUUACAGGAAAGCUCUAAAAUACUAUGAACAGGCGCUGGAGAUGAACAGGAAUAUCUAUGGUCAGAGUACAGCACAUUCAGACAUUGCUGGAUCACUCAAUAACCUGGGGGGAGUCUGCCGUGACUUGGGUGAUCAAAGGAAAGCUAUCAGCUACUAUGAACAGGCACUGCAGAUGAAAAUGAGUAUCUAUGGUCAGAGUACCACACACCCUGAUAUUGCCACCUUAUUAAACAACCUUGGAGAAUCCCUUAGUAAACUUGGUGAUUAUAGGAAAGCAAUCGGCUACCUUGAACAGGCACUGGAGAUGUUCGGAACCAUCUAUGGUCAGAGUACAGCACAUUCUGACAUUGCCACUUCAUUCAACAACCUGGGGUUAGCCUGGGGUAAUCUGGGUGAUUACAGGAAAGCACUCCAAUACUACAAACAGUCACUACAGAUGUACAGGAGUAUCUAUGGUCAGAGUAAAGCACAUCCUCUUAUUGCCACUUCACUAAAUAACAUGGGGACAGCCUGGAGUUAUUUGGGCGAGUUCACGAAGACACUUGAAUACCAUGAACAGGCACUGCAGAUGUGCAAGAGUAUCUAUGGUCAGGGUACAGCACAUUCUGACAUUGCCACCUCACUUAUCGGUCUGGGGGGUGCGUACAGUGACUUGGGUGAUCACAGGAAGGGAAUCAUGUACUAUGAACAGGCACAGGAGAUCUACAGGAGUAUCUAUGGCCAGACUGCAGCACAUCCUCACAUUGCCACCUUACUCAACAGCCUGGGGGUAGCCUGGCACCACCUGGGUGAUCACAAAAAAGCUAUCGGAUACUAUGAACAGUCACUGCAGAUGAGCAAGAGUAUCCAUGGUCAGAAUACAGCACAUUUGGGCAUUGCCAACUCCCUCAACAAUCUGGGGGAGAGCUGGAACCAUCUGGGUGAUUACGAAAAAUCUAUCAGCUAUUGUGAACAAGCACUGCAGAUGUAUAGGAGUAUCUAUUGUGAGAGUACAGCACAUCCUGGUAUUGCCAUCUCACUAAGCAACCUGGGGCGUGCCUGGCUAAACCUCAGUGAUUAUGGAAAAGCAAUCAGCUACUAUGAACAGGCACUGCAGAUGUACAGGAGUAGCUAUGGUCAAAAUACAGCACAUCCUGAUAUUGCCAACUCACUAAACAACUUGGGGUCUGUCUGGCCACACCUGGGUGAUUAUGGACAAGCUAUCAGCUACUGUGAACAGGCACUGCAGAUGUUCAGGAGUAUCUAUGGUCAGGGUACAGCACACCCUGGCAUUGCUAUGGCACUUAGCAACAUAGGGGGAGUCUGGUUCAAGCUCGGGGAUUAUAGUAAAGCGCUCAGUCUCUGCCAAGAGGCCCUGGUUAUGGCAAGACAGGUUUAUCCUCAGGGUCAUCCAGACAUAGAGAAAUUUGAAAGUUGCGUUGCCAUGGUCAGCAACUGCAUGUAAUUCCCGUAUAUACAUUCAAGCACUGGCAAUUAGAAUUUUCAUCCAUAUAUCAUGAAUAUAUCAGAAAUAUUACAUUCCACUUAGCAAUGCAGCUUGAGGUUUCAUGAAUAAAUAAAAGCACUUAAUAAUAUCUACCAAGAGGCCAUGGGUAUGGAAAGGCAAAUUUAUCCUCAGGACGCAGACAUAGAAACAUGUGAAAAGGGCAUUACCUGGAUCUGCGUCAACAUAUAUUUACAGCAUAUACAUCCGAGCACAGG